CAAUAUUCUUCUGAAAUUCAACCCGUGCAAUGGCUCCAGCAUCGCACGAGAACACUGCGAUGGAUUGUGAUUAUCUCAUCUAGAAUACAUCUCGGCUGUGGCUUUGUGCUCCGAGCUAUAGCAUGCAACAUAUAAAGAGCUUUGAAAGCGUAGACGCAGUAUCAAAGGAACUGAAAGCAUUCUUCCCAAUCAAAACUAGAGACUAAGGGAGUAAUUCAUAACAAACAUCAGGAUGCCAGGCAAGCAAGUAGCUUUGAUUGUUGGCGCCUCACGGGGAAUUGGCAGGCAGGUGGCCGUUGACCUAGCAAGAGCGGGAUACCUCUUAGCUAUUGCCGCGAAAAGUACCUCUGACGCCUCAAAAUGCCACCCUUUUCCUCCUGACCCGAAUUCUCCACAAUCAACCAUAAGCACGGUCGAGCGCGAAAUACGUGAAGCGGGCGGGACAGCUACUGCUAUCCCUGUGGACACUCGCGAUCCCGAAAGCGUGACUCGUAUGGUAGACAGGACCGUUGAGAUAUACGGAAGACUUGAUGUGUUGAUUUACAACAGCGGCGCUAUAUGGUGGGCGAGCGUGGAAAACACACCGUUCAAGCGCUUUCAGUUGAUGCAACGGGUCAACGUCGAGGGUCUGUACGCGACAAUUCAAGCCAGUCUUCCGCACUUCAAGGCCGGUGGGUGGAAAGGGCGAGUCAUCGUUGUGAGCCCACCCAUAUACUCUCGCUUUUUCCGCGGCAAGACGGCGUACGCGAUGGGUAAAGUCGGCAUGAGUGUGCUCACGAAGGGCUUGGCCAUGGACUGGGUUCGCGAAGGUAAGAAAGACAUGGCAAUCACAAGCAUCUGGCCAGCCGCAGCGAUCGAAAGCGCGGCGACGCAGAACCCGCAGACCGAUCGCCGGGAGCUGCGCAAGGCAACGAUUUAUAGCGACGCGAUCCUCGCCAUGCUACAGUCCCCCCCGGAAGAAGUCAACGGCUGCCUGGAGCUGGACGAAGACUUCCUGCGUAAGAAGGGCGUGACGGACUUUAGCAAGUACAACCUGAUUCCUGGAGCGACGCCGCGGAGGAUCAUGCCCGCGAAGCUGCCUGAUCUCACGGUCGCUGAGCAAGAUGACGAAGGGAGAAGGAUGGAUAGUACCAAGCUGAGGGCAUCGAAAAUCUAAAAUUGACUACUGCGAUGGCAUGCUCGACAUUGGUCUCAGAAAAGAAGAAGCAUCUUUCGUUCGAAUUGUUUGUACAGUCAGAUCCGAAUCCGUGCUCUCGCCGUUGAGUUCAAUUCAUUUCGUCACUUUUCCUCAACCUCACUUGGUCUUCUCUAGCUGAGCCAAAUUGCAAGGCAAUCAUCUAAAAGGGAGAAUACAAAUUUCGAAUGCGAUUGUUCGCUGUAGCAGAAACGGUUAUUGACCAGUCGGAAUCUUUACUAUACGGCGACGAUCAAUGCCGAGUGAAGGCUAUUUUACGCACAGUCCCUGAUAUCGUGUUACAAAGUCAAGGAGAUUUUGAAACAGUGGCGGCUAACGUCAUUUGCAUUGCCUAGCUAUUCCAAAUAGAUUAC